AUGCUAAGAGAACCGGAGUGGGCGAAGUCUGGUCGCUACACGAGCUUUACAGAGCUUGACCUGACUCCAGAGGGCGUUGCACAGGUGUUUUCCACCGCGGCACUGCUCGUAGGCAAAAGCAAACUCAUCGACCCGCACCGCCUCGCGCCCGUUGUUGCCAGCCCGAGAACAAGGGCUAGGACGACCUUGAAGCUUUUAUUCUCCGCCGAUAUUAUCGAAGAGACAGUCAUCUUCACCGAAGACAUUACGGAGGAGUGGAAUCAUGGUGCUUACGAGGAGUUGAAGAAGAAAGAGGAGAUUCUACGUCUGAGGAAAGACAAGAGCUUGAAGAACGAUCGAGAGUGA